UCCGUUGGAAUUAUUUUAAUUGGUUUCUCACUUGACUUCUCACAUGCGGCCUGGCUCAGAUGUUACAAAUCUUCUAUGAGCGACUAUACUUUAAUGCCGCUAAACGACCCAGCAAGGAUAUUGCGUGACGCCUGCUUCAACCCUAACCUAAAAACCCUGUUCUACACAUUCGGCUACAGAGGAAAAUCAUACGGUCCAGCGACAACUGCAGUGGUGACCGCCUACAUAAACUCUAAGAAAAAAAACGUAGUACUCUUGGAUUGGGAAGAUGAAGCAAAGAGCGGUUAUUUGGGCAUACCUCUUGGUUAUGCUUUGUCAGCAGUACCAAAUGCUAAAAGAAUCGGACAAGAGCUUGGCGAAGCUCUAAUAACACUUUCACUGGCAGGUAUGAACAUGAGUGAUGUACAACUCAUGGGCCACUCGCUAGGCGCCCACGUAAUGGGCUACGCUGGAAGAUGGACCAGGCAAAAAGGACAGGUCAUAUCAAGAAUCACGGGCUUAGACCCCGCCCGUGCUCUCUUCGAGGGUAUUUUCGCCUUUAAAUCCGGUUUGGACCGGACUUGCGCCAAGUUCGUAGACAUCGUCCACUCGAAUCCGGGCAACUACGGUAGGAGCCUAUCCACGGGCACUGUGGACUUCUGGCCCAACUAUUCGAUCAAUGACGGCCUACAGCCGGGCUGCCCGAGCGGUAAUUAUGAGAUGUUUACUCCUGAAGAUCUCUGCAGCCAUGACCGCUCAUGGCAUUAUCAGGUAGAAACCACUCAUUCAGCUACUGCGUUUCCGGCGUCACCCGCAGAAAAUUACGACGCAUGGCAAGCUAUGCAACAACCGCCCAGCACCUUCAUAUACAUGGGAGAUUUGGCCAAUACUCGGGCCCGCGGCAACUACUUCUUCCGUACAAACAGACAGUCUCCGUACAGCAUGGGCGCCCAAGGCAUGAUGCCGUACAGGAGUGAUCAGCCCCGAGAGUCACCAACCACACCGCUAUCUACGCUCCUCAAACUCGUGAGGUGAUGAUUUAUGGUAGCUUGUUGUGUAGUUACAUAUUGUAUACAAGGUUUAUUUGUAGAUUACUUUUAUUUUACACUAAGCUCGUUCACCAAGUCAGUAUAAUGUGUCAAAAGGAUUGAAGUUUGGAGUCCUGCAUAAUUGAAAAAACAAUAGGUAAUGAGAAGUCAAAAGUGGUUGUGUUCUACUUUUGAUAAGUUUAAUCAAUUGAUGAUAAGGAUCUAAGACAGAAGGCUUAUGGAAAUAGAAUAAGCAUUAAAAGCUUGUUUGUUAAAGCAUUUUCAAAUAAAACUUGCCAAUGAAAUAAUAACGACCGCCUUGCGACAGACCAGCUUCGUUACUUAUGACACAUUUAUAAGGCAGCAUUUUAGGUGCAGUUCGCAUAUCCAAUCAAAUUUCGUGAUCAUAUUUAGUGUUAAUGGCAUACAGAGGCUCAUUUGUGUCGGUAAAAACAGGCCGGACAAAACCUGCAGCCACCAUGGCUGUAGGUUGUAAACAAUCAUUUGACAGGAGACACUCUCUAUCUUUCUCCACGGGAAAGGACAAAAUGUACACCGCCGCCCGAUUUUAUCCACUCUACGAGCGCACACAGGUUAAAAUAAUAUCCAAAUAAUACAAUGUUAUGUCAAACGGGGGUUAAUUCUCCUUUCCUGUUGUAAUGCUUUGGCAGGUGGUCAA